AAUGCCACAGUGCAGGCUCCCAGCGGAUGCAGUCUCGGGCUCCCAGCCCUGCAGGCCCUGCUGCUGGUCGACAUCGGCCCCUCUGCGCUCAUGGCUUCCCCGAACAAGGCAGUUAUUGUUCCUGGGAAUGGAGGUGGGGAUGUGGCCACCCACGGCUGGUACGGCUGGGUGAAGAAGGGGCUGGAGCAGAUACCUGGUUUCCAGUGUUUGGCUAAAAACAUGCCUGACCCAAUUACAGCUCGAGAGAGCAUCUGGCUGCCCUUCAUGGAGACGGAGCUGCACUGUGAUGAGAAGACCAUCAUCAUAGGCCACAGUUCUGGGGCCAUUGCAGCCAUGAGGUAUGCAGAAACACACCGAGUAUAUGCUAUUGUGUUAGUGUCUGCAUAUACCUCUGACUUGGGGGAUGAAAACGAGCGUGCCAGUGGAUACUUCAACCGUCCUUGGCAGUGGGAGAAGAUCAAAGCCAACUGCCCUUACAUUGUGCAGUUUGGCUCCACUGAUGAUCCUUUCCUUCCCUGGAAGGAACAACAAGAAGUGGCUGAUAGGUUGGAAGCCAAAUUGUACAGAUUCACUGACCGUGGCCACUUUCAGAAUAUGGAGUUUCAUGAACUGAUUAGCGUGGUAAAGUCUAUGCUGAAAGUACCAGCAUAGGUAGGAUUACUUCUGCUAUUUUACAUUCCAAUAUAGGGGUAGAGCAAUGAUCAGGUUAUUAAUAGAUAAAAAUUAUCUAUUAUGAGAUGAUUAGUAGACACAUAAAACAGAUCAAAGUUCUGGAAAAAUAACCCAGAAGUUCAAUAUUCAAACUAAGUUACAAACUGCGUUUCCAUUUUCCAUUGGAUUUCUAUCUCACAAACUGCCAUGAACUAAAGCAGUAUUUUUCUCAUUUGAUCAGGGACAUAAGGACAGUUUAACCACCUUUAUCUGUCCAAAGUGAGUAAGAUAGAAGUGGAUCCAGCUUUCCUGAUUCCCAGUUCACAUUAAAACUAGUUUGUGUAUGUUGUAGGAGUUGUACUCCUCUUUGAAAUGAACCUUUUUCUAGUUGGCAGGGUGGGGUGGGGUGAGGAAAACGACUAAAGAUCCAGAGUGUUGGCUUAGAGCUCAAAACACUAGCUGUUCUGAGCUGGCCCAAGACAUUAAACCCAGACUGGGGCCUUCAUCUUUGACCCCUGCCCCAGUCCUUCAAACAUGUUGAGGGAGAGGGAUACAUAUGGAUCUAAGAGUUGGGUCUGCCAGGUCGGGCAGGGAACAGAAGCCCAGCCUGUACAAAUAUGUCAGCAUAGCCAACCAGAUGUGUGCUAGACCAGCGUGGUGGGAAUUUGGGCAGCAUGGAGAACUCGUGCCCUUUCUAAAUUGUUGCCAUCUGGGAAGGUAGCAGGGUGUUGCCAAUUUUCUGAUUUUUUGAGGGAAAAACUUCAUGCAGUGGUUUUCAUAUCUAGGGACUAUAUGUUUAUAUACACAGUUUAUAUAUGUAUAUGAAUUAUGCCCAAUAUAUGUACAUAUGGAUUACAUAAGUCGACAACGACAGCGUAAAUAAAAAAUGUACAAACACUGCAAGACAUGCAAAGUCCAAGCCGCCCAUUUGUGACCUCUGCCAUUAGGAAUUAACUUAUCUAGGUGCUUUAAAUGAUUCUCUCUAAGCCUGAGAAAUGAAUUUAAUGUCAAAGGAUGAAAUCAUGGGAACAAUUUAGAUUUUGUUACAAAAUUCUAAGUAAUCUUUCCAUACUUCAAAUUUUGUUCUGUAAAGAGUUCUACCUUUUAAAUUCUAUGUUCCAUUAGCUCACUUUCAAGCAUCAUUCCACUUUUCUUCUGAUCGUAUUCCUUCAAAAAAAAUUGUUUUUUCUUUCCAAUAUUUUUUGGCUGUUACAAUCCCUAAGUAUUGACUCAAAACAAUUUCCAGUGACUUUGUACAUGUUACAGAACCUUAUGUUUGCUGCAAAAAUAUGAAUUAACUCACUAUUUAUGUCUACAGGAGAUUCAAAGCCACCAUUUUAACCUGAAAAGUCUUGCCUUCUAAAUGUGUUCAAAGAAAAAAUGGAAAGACUCUAAACUUUUAAUAGCAGUUAUCUUUGGGGAAUGGGAAUUUUAGGUACAGUGUGAAGGAAGUCUCCUUUUUAUUUUGUACACCUGGGGAUUGAGUUUGUUAUAGUGAACAUGUAUUACUUUUAUAAUUAAAAUGAUUAUGUUUAAAACAACUCAUUUGACAUGUUAGUGAGAAGCAAAUUAGAUAAAUCAAUUGAGUAGUAAUUUUCUUAAAGAUGUUUGAUUUGACCAAGUCUAUAACCAAAGUUUGAUUCUAUUUGAAUUGUUUGGAAUUAGUAAUCAUUCUACUUACUCUUGGCCUUGUUUUCUGAAGUCCUUUUUCAAAAAAUUACAAACUUACACUACAAGUAACAGUUAAUAAUAUUUUGUCCUCUUUCUCCACAGAAAAAUACAUACAAGUGAGAAAUAAUUUUGAUAUCCUUCAUUCCUAUAAUUAACAUAGACCUAUGUGACUGUAAGGAUUGUGCUAUAUAAUAUGGUAGCCAGUAACCACAGGUAGCCAUAAAUUGAAUUCAUUUCUUCAUUCAAGUCUUAACAGUCACGAAGUGACAAGUGGGUACUUUUACUGAACAGCAGAUGUGGAAUACUGUCACUAUAAAAUGUCCAGCAGCAGUAAUCUAGGGCAUGUAUUUUCUUCCCUUACCCACAAUCUAAUAAUGAGUAAUAGUUCAAAGUAAAAGUCACUCAACUUGAAA